UCCGUCGCGCACGCGCAUCCUCACUCAAAGUGUCGCGUCCUGCAGAGUGAGCGUGUUGGGAAGCCGAAAAUCCAAAGGAGAGAAUGGAGUGCUUGACUCGGCUGAGGAGGCAGGAAUAAUAAACACAAAUACUCCUAAUAAGCGUUGACAGAGACACUCGAAGACGGAGGAACUCGCGGAAGAAGCAAAAGUUUGUGCGGGGAAACUGUUCCAGACGCCGAUUUGAAACAUGGAUACACUUUUCUGUCUUUUCCUGGGACUCCUGCUGCUCUUUUCGGCUCUUGCGGGCAUCUCCGGACAGAUCGCACCAGCUCACAUGGGGCGCUCGGAAAAGGGAAGCUGUACAUUUGACGAAGGCUUCCCCCAAUGUGACUACCAACAAGAUCCCUAUGAUGACUUUGACUGGGCCCACAUCAACACCCAGGAGGUGCCCUACGUAUCCCCAUACCUGCCCAAAGGUUCCUACAUGUAUGUGGACGUGUCUCAGUAUGAAGUUGGGGAGAAGGCCAGGUUCCAGCUUCCGCUAAUGAAGGAGAACGACACUCACUGCAUCGACUUCAACUAUUUACUCACCAGCCCCGAUGGCUCCAGUCCCGGCACACUCAAUGUCCUCGUGAAGGUGAACAAGGGUCCCCUGGCCAACCCGAUAUGGAACGUAACAACAUACACGGGUAAAGAUUGGCUGAAGGCUGAACUGGCCGUCUCCACCUUUUGGCCCAACGAAUACCAGGUUAUAUUUGAAGCAGAAGUAUCGAAGAGGAAAACGGGCUUCAUCGUUAUAGAUGACAUUCAGGUGCUCAGCUACCCGUGCGACAAAUCCCCUCAUUUCCUGCGUCUCGGAGAUGUUGAGGUGAACGCCGGCCAGAACGCCACCUUUCAGUGUAUCGCCACUGGGCGAGACACAUCCAACAAUAAGCUCUGGCUUCAGCGGCGAAACGGAGAAGAUAUCCCCGUGUCGCAGAGGAAGAACAUCAACCACCGACGAUUCUCCGCCUCGUUCCAUCUCAACGAAGUCACCAAUCAGGAUCAAGAUUUGUAUCGCUGCGUCACCCAGUCGGAGCGCGGCUCGGGGGUGUCCAACUUUGCCGGUCUUAUUGUCAGAGAGCCUCCGCACCCCAUAGCCCCGCCCCAGCUGCUCGGUGUUGGGCCGACCUACCUGCUGAUUCAGCUCAACGCCAACUCCAUAUUUGGAGACGGUCCUAUUAUACUCAAAGAGGUGGAGUACCGCAUGACGUCAGGCAGUUGGAUCGAGACGCACGCGGUCAACUCCCCCAACUAUAAGUUAUGGCAUCUCGACCCGGACACCGAGUACGAGAUCCGAGUCUUGCUCACGCGGCCGGGAGAGGGCGGGACGGGCAAAGCCGGACCUCCGCUCAUCACGCGGACAAAAUGCGCAGAACCCAUGCGCACUCCCAAAAGACUGAAGAUUGCCGAGACCAGGUCCCGACUGAUCGCGGUGGACUGGGAAUCGUUGGGUUACAACAUCACCCGCUGUCAUACCUUCAACGUCACCAUCUGUUAUCACUACAUGACGGCCAACAACCGCAGCAAAGCCGACUGUCUGGACAUGGACCCCAAAGCACCGCGCCACAUCGUCGGGAAUCUCCCACCUUACACCAACGUCAGUCUCAAAAUGAUUUUGACCAAUCCGGAGGGACGGAAAGAGAGCGAUGAAACCAUUAUCCAAACAGAUGAAGAUGUUCCAGGUGCGGUUCCCACCCAGUCUGUUCGAGCCACACCGUUUGAGGAUCGAAUUCUUCUUCACUGGAAGGAACCAUCGGAGCCCAAUGGAAUCAUCAUACAAUAUGAGAUCGGCUACAGUGGUCUGCGUUCUUUCGAUCCGUCCGUAGCCCUCCAGCGGCCGGGACUGACGGCCCUGCCCUCCAACGCCACCCACCACCUCUUCUCCCAGCUGCACCCGGGCGUCACUUACCAGCUCUCCAUACGAGCUUCCACCUCCAAGGGCUUUGGUCCUGCCACCACUUUGAAUGUCACGACGAAUAUUUCAGCCCCAACCAUAGAUGAGUAUGAUGGAACAGAGGCCUUUCUCAAUGAAACUGCGACAACCAUCACUGUUCUGCUGAAACCGGCGCAGGCUAAAGGAGCACCUGUCAGCGCGUACCAGAUUGUCGUGGAGGAAGUCAAUCCCCGGCGAAGUCGUCGCCAAACCUCCUCCGAUUGUUUUGAGGUUCCAGUUUCUUAUCACAGCGCAUCUACCGGCGGAUCCCCGUAUUAUUAUGCCGCUCAGCUGUCCCCCAGCAACCUCCCCGAGCCCCUCCCGUUCACGGUUGGAGACAACAAGACCUACCAGGGUUUUUGGAAUCCUCCAUUGGCUCCCAGGAAGAACUACAACAUCUACUUUCAAGCCGUUAGCAGCACCGAGCGGGAAACUAAAACCCAGUGUUUGAGGCUUGCCACUAAAGGGGCGACCGAGGAGCCCGAAGUCAUCCCCGACCCCGCCAAGCAGACGGACCGCGUGGUGAAGAUCGCCGGCAUCAGCGCCGGUGUCCUCGUCUUCAUUCUGCUGGUGCUGGUAGCCAUCUUAUUGGUCAAGAAGAGGAGGACCUACUAUUCGUACUCUUAUUACCUGAAGCUCGCAAAGAAGCGUAAGGACGCCAUCGGAACCACCCGCCAGGAAAUGACGCAUAUGGUCAAUGCCAUGGACCGCAGCUACGCCGACCAGAGCACUCUGCACGCGGAGGACCCCAUGGCAGUGACCUUCAUGGACUCGCACAACCACAACAGCAGAUUGCCCAACGAUCCGCUGGUCCCCACCGCUGUGUUAGACGAGAAUCACAGUGCGUCGGCGGCGGAGAACAGCAGGCUCCUGGAUGUCCCCCGCUAUCAUUGCGAAGGCACCGAAUCGCCCUAUCAGACGGGACAGCUCCACCCCGCCAUCAGAGUGGCCGACCUCUUGCAACACAUCAAUUUGAUGAAGACGUCCGACAGCUACGGCUUCAAAGAGGAAUAUGAAAGUUUUUUCGAAGGCCAGUCAGCAACGUGGGACGUGGCAAAGAAGGAGCAAAACCGCACCAAGAACCGUUAUGGCAACAUCAUAGCAUAUGAUCAUUCAAGGGUUAUUCUCCAGCCCAUCGAAGACGACCCCUCCUCCGACUACAUCAACGCCAACUACAUCGAUGUAAGUGGAAAGGCGCCGAAUGCUACUAUUGGCUCCCAACGAAACCAACGAAACCACACUCCCUCGCUCAUUUGGCUGUACAGGGAUGGUUAUCAGAGACCAAGCCACUACAUCGCUACUCAAGGUCCUGUGCAUGAGACCGUUUAUGAUUUCUGGAGGAUGGUGUGGCAGGAACAGUCCGCCUGUAUCGUCAUGGUGACCAAUCUCGUUGAGGUCGGAAGGGUGAAGUGCUACAAGUACUGGCCGGAUGACGCAGAGGUGUACGGUGACUUUAAAGUGACCUUUGUUGAGGUGGAGCCCCUUGCCGAAUAUGUGGUCCGCACAUUCACACUGGAGCGACGUGGGUUCAACGAGGUGCGAGAAGUCAAGCAGUUCCACUUCACCGGCUGGCCCGAUCACGGAGUGCCGUAUCACGCCACGGGACUGCUUUCCUUCAUUCGCAGGGUUAAAAUCUCCAAUCCACCCUCCGCUGGGCCUAUCGUGGUCCAUUGCAGUGCCGGGGCAGGACGCACGGGCUGCUUCAUAGUCAUUGACAUCAUGUUGGACAUGGCAGAGCGGGAAGGCGUGGUGGACAUCUACAACUGCGUCAAGGCGCUUCGGUCCAGGAGGAUCAACAUGGUACAGACUGAGGAGCAGUACAUAUUCAUCCACGAUGCCAUAUUAGAGGCCUGUCUCUGCGGGGAAACGGCCAUUCCCGUUUGUGAAUUCAAAGCUGCUUUCUAUGAGCUCAUUCGCAUCGACUCCCAGACCAACUCGUCCCACCUGAAGGAUGAGUUCCAGACUUUAAACUCGGUGACUCCUCAGCCUCAGCCCGAAGACUGCAGCAUUGCGUUGUUGCCUAGAAACCAGGAUAAGAACCGCUUCGUGGACGGUCUUCCGCCUGACCGGUGCCUGCCUUUCCUCAUCACAAUAGACGGGGAAAGCAGCAACUACAUCAAUGCGGCUCUUAUGGAUCUGUCAGAGGAGUUGCAGAGCUACAGACAGCCCGCCGCCUUCAUCGUCACCCAGCACCCUCUGCCCAACACCGUCAAAGACUUUUGGCGCCUGGUGUACGACUACGGGUGCACCAGUCUUGUGAUGCUCAAUGAGAUUGACCUGGCGCAGGGUUGUCCCCAGUACUGGCCCGAAGAAGGCAUGUUGCGUUACGGGCCGGUCCAAGUUGAAUGUAUGUCCUGCUCAAUGGACUGCGAUGUGAUCAGCAGGCUGUUCAGAGUCUGCAACCUCACCAGGCCACAGGAAGGCUACUUGAUGGUCCGUCAGUUCCAGUACUUGGGCUGGGCGGGUCACAGGGAGGUCCCGGCCUCCAAGCGGUCCUUCCUCAAGCUCAUCCUGCAGGUGGACCAGUGGCAGCGUGAAGGAGAGGAGGGGGAGGGAAGAACCAUCGUCCACUGCCUAAAUGGAGGCGGGCGUAGCGGCGUGUUCUGUGCCAGCAGCAUCGUGUGCGAGAUGGCCAAGAGACAGAGCGUGGUCGACGUCUUCCACGCCGUCAAAACGUUGAGGAACAGCAAGCCCAACAUGGUGGACGCUCCGGAGCAGUACAGGUUCUGCUACGACCUGGCGCUGGAGUUCAUCGAGUCCUCCUAAACAGGUCGGGAGAGAUGGCGGAGGAGAACACAAAAACAUCCCUCACCGGUGGCGGUGACAUGUCGCCAAUCCAUUCCAGACCAAGUCAGAGCGCCCUCUCCUGGACUUGUGCGCAGGAAAGUUGAAACCUCCUUUCAUGCUAAUAUUGUACAACUUCUUGAGUGCCAGUGGGGCCCCUGGAUGUGAGGGGCCACCAGUCAACGAUGUUUAGUCUCUGGACACGCCGAGCGCUCCAUAAAUGCCACCAGCUUCAGAUGAUCAUCAUUGCGAUGUUCUUUUUAAGGUAUUUUUGGUCAAACUUGAAUCACAUCUUAAAAGACGUCAAAUAACCCGAAAGGUCAACUAGAGACUGACUCAAAAACAAAAAAAAAAAAACGUUUACAUGUUGAGUAUUAUUAGGCUUUUGCAUUUAUUUCAUGAAGAAACUUCGAGUCAAUUAUAUUUGCGUUUUGGCUUUUUAAAUAUUUCGAUUUUCUUCUUUGAAUUGUUUUUUUUUUUUUAAGUCUUAAAGCGAACACUUUCAUUUAAGUUGUGUUGCAAUCCAGGGCUGGGCCCAACACACGAUCAAUUCGUCGCUCCGUAUAGAGCGAAGGCGUCAUCCGCAAUUAGCGUCAGUUCAACUAUUAACAGUGUCCCUUGGCUUCGUUUACUUUGUGCACUGGCAGCCUACCACGCGUUUUCCUCUCGUUUUAUGCCGCCGCGGAUGUUUUAUUCAUAAGCCAAAGACUUGUUGUAUAUAUAUGUGUAUACGGUUGAAGCACAUUGUUCGUAUUUAUUGUUCACUUGCGUCGCUUAUAAGAACAAUCAUUCUUCACUCCGCCAACACCGUAAAGUGCGAUACCGUACCGGGCCCACCAAUGAGCCGAGAGUGUUAGAACAUGCUGUAUAUCGAAGCAGUAGAGGUACGCUAGUUUUUUUUUUUUUUUCCAGUAUUUACUCUGUAGUGUUGUCUUGUUUUCAUUUGAAAAGAGUCUGUGACAUCACUGUGCCCCCACCCCCCCACCCCCGUCGCUCCCAUUGUUGUCCGUGCGGUAUUUGGGCUCAUCAUCCAAACGGGAUGAGCUGUUUUCUAUCCGGCCAGCAGAGAAAGCGACGCUUGUGCCUGAUUGUUUUAUUUUAUUUAAAUUUUUGGGGGGGAGUUAUUGUUUCAAACGGCAUCCUGGAUGGAGAGCAGACUUUUGUUGAAUGCAUCCCGAUGGAACAUCAGUGUUGUCACGAUGUUGACUUGUGCUGACUGACGUGUUUCUGUUUCACACAAGCUCCAUUAGGGCAAAAAAAAAAAAAUUGUAAAUAGGAUAUAAGAUGUUUGGCUCUAGCAAGUUUGCAUCCUGUAAAUAGUACGUUAAAAAGCUCUAAUGUUGAGUUUUAACGGACAGAUAAAAUGUUACUUUUGUUUGUACAAACAAAUGUUUAAUGUUAAUUCUCUCUGUGGACCCGAAAUUGUUUUUAGGUUACUGUUGUUUUUAUUUCGUUAAAAAAAAAAAAAGAAAAGAAAAAAGAUGUCAAGCAAGAGUGAAAUAAUGGAUUCAGUGACUCAAAUCACUAAAGCAAAGAAAUCCACCGUUCCAGUAAAAGUGGCCAUGGUCAACAGUGAGUGACGUUUGCUGCCAAGCCAGUCUGAAUAUCAAGUCAAUAUUCAUAGUUAUUGUCUGUAAUGUUUGGCUUCUUUGCUGUAAUAAAAAAAAAGACCACUUCUUUCAAAAAGACUCUGUCAUUUAAUGAACACAACAAUCCCAUCAGGAAAUAACCCACAAUGUCGUGGUCAACUGACCUUUGCUGGACUUUUUAACUCAUCCAUCCAUUUUCCUCCACAAACCUCGGGUCAAGUCGCAGGAGCAGAGCUCACACUUCCUUCUCCCCAGCCACUUCGUUCACAUCCGGGGGAUCACGAGUCAAAAAACACCUCACCGGGGAAGCAUCCGGGAGGCAUCCUUAUACCAGAACCCGAGCCGCCUCAUCUGGCUUCUCCAUGCAGAACAACGGGCCCACUCUUUGAGCCCCUCAGAAGGGACAUGACAAAGGAAAUGCGUUUCAUCCACUUGCCUGCUUGACAAGAGAUGACUACUCCUCCCUUUCUUGACUGAGGACCACAUUUUCAUAAAUUUAAAUGUGGAUUCCAACCGCAUCUCACUUGGCUGCGUCUUACCGCUCGACAGCGUUGGGGCGCUCUUCUUUUUUGCACCUCUAAUGGGCAGCAUUUUUCAGCCUGCGUUAGUGCGGCUGGUUGGGAUGCGUGGAUGCGUGUGUGGAACUUGGGUCGGCGCUUGCAAUUGAAGCGGAUUUACACGGGACGUGCGAAGUGAACCAAUCCCGCUGCUUUCUUCAAAAAAGUUUAAUUUGCAUCUUUAUUUACACAUGGUGGAUGGCAGUAGUUUGAAAGAGUCAAACACAAAACAAGAAGAAAAAUCAAAAAGUGAUAUGAAUUGGGGAAUUCAAAUCUUGCAUGAAAAAAAAAAAUAAUAUUACGUUCAUGUGCCUGGGGUAAAGAAAUCUCAAAAAGGAAAUAUUAAAUUUUAAAUGAAUCUUAGAAACACUAACCAAUCUGUAGAUUGCUGUAAUACUGACCAGCAAUGAAACACUAAAUAAUACAUUCAUUUUCACUACCCUGCAUGCUAUCUGAAGAGCCUGGAAAAACCAUGUGGACAAAAGAAGUCUUUGAAACAACAAAAACAUGGUCAAGCGCGUAAAAUAGUUCCAUUCAAAUUAGGCGUAUAUUAUAUAUAUAUAUAUUUAUAUUUAUAUAUUUUUUGUACAAAUACAGAAUAUUUGGCAUUUAUAUCCAUCCUCAUAUUUCUCAACAUUUCAAAAUAGAAUGACAAUAAUCUUUUACACCUUCACAUUUGUCAUAUUCC